UCCGCCCUCGCCCCGCCCCCUGGAGCUCCUCCCCGUCCUCCAGGGCUGCGUGGAACUCAGGGCGCUGCCGGGAGGGAAUCUGGGAAUCGAGGAUGCCUGGGCCUGGCUGAGCAGUCGCCGCCAGCCUUUCCGCUGCUUCAAGGCUGAGUCCGAGGGCGCGGGCUUGGACAGGCGAGCCGCGGCGCCGAGUGCGCGCGCCGCCCAUGGACGCGCUGGGGGACCUCGAAGGCCUACGCCCCCCAGGAGCCUGUUUGCCUUCAAGGUGAUGGCCCUCCAGGAAGUGAACGGGAGACAUCCAGGUGGCUUUCAAGAGAACAGAUUUUUGUACUGAUAUCAGCAGCUUCCAUUAACUUAGGUUCCAUGAUGUGCUAUUCUAUCCUUGGACCCUUUUUCCCUAAGGAGACCUUGUUUUCUGUUUCUUUAAAGGCUGAAAAGAAAGGAGCCAGCAAUACAAUUAUUGGUAUGAUCUUUGGAUGUUAUGCUUUGUUUGACUUGCUGUCAUCUUUGGUAUUUGGAAAAUAUCUUGUACAUAUUGGAGCAAAAUUUAUGUUUGUAGCAGGAAUGUUUGUCUCAGGAGGAGUUACGGUUCUCUUUGGUGUAUUGGACCAAGUUCCAGAAGGACCAGUGUUUAUUGCUAUGUGUUUUCUAGUGAGAAUAACUGAUGCAAUAAGUUUUGCUGCAGCCAUAACCGCAUCUUCUUCUAUCCUUGCAAAGGCUUUUCCAAAUAAUGUGGCUACAGUAAUGGGAAGUCUGGAGACUUUUUCUGGACUGGGACUAGUGCUAGGGCCCCCUUUGGGUGGCUUCUUGUAUCAGUCCUUUGGCUAUGAGGUGCCUUUCAUUUUUCUGGGAUGCAUAGUUCUGCUGAUGGUUCCUCUCAACAUGUGUAUUUUACCUAAUUAUGGGUCUGAUCCAGGGAAACACUCAUUCUGGAAACUCAUCACUUUACCCAAGGUUGCCUUUAUAUCCUUCGUCAUCACCUCACUCAGCUCAUGUUUUGGCUUCCUUGAUCCUACGCUGUCCCUCUUUGUUUUGGAGAAGUUUAAUUUACCAGCUGGAUAUGUGGGACUGGUAUUCCUGGGUUUGGCACUAUCCUAUGCCAUUUCUUCACCACUGGUGGGCCUACUCAGUGAUAAAAUGCCACAUCUAAGGAAAUGGCUUCUGGUUUUUGGAAACUUAAUCACGGCAGGGUGCUACAUGCUCUUAGGACCUGCCCCAUUCUUGCAUAUUAAGAGUCAGCUCUGGUUGUUGGUGUUGAUAUUAGUCAUAAAUGGUAUCUCUGCUGGAAUGAGUUUAAUUCCAACGUUUCCAGAGAUUCUCAGUUGCGCACAUGAAAAUGGAUUUGAAGAAGAAUUAAGUACCUUGGGACUUGUGUCAGGUCUCUUUGGUGCGAUGUGGUCAGUUGGUGCUUUUGUAGGACCAACACUGGGGGGAUUUCUGUAUGAGAAAAUUGGUUUUGAAUGGGCAGCUGCUCUACAGGGUUUCUGGGCUCUGACAAGUGGACUAGUGAUGGGCUUGUUUUAUCUAUUGGAGCACUCAAGGAGAAGAAGGAGAUCUAAACUUCAAAAUAUCCUCGGCACAGAGGAGGAACGAACUGCUCUCUUGCCUGAUGAAACGUAGCCUUAGGAAUCCCGACUGAUACAGGGCUGGGAGGUGGAUGCUCCUGGCCUUGAACUUCAGCACUGGAAGGAUUUUCUAAAUUUUUAUAUUCAAAACUCCACGGACUCCACACCAGCAUCCUGAAAUUGUUAACAUAGUUUUGGAUGAUCCUGUGUUGGGCUGCACAUACUGUUGUCGUGAAGAGCAGCCAUAUAUGAAACCUUAAGUAUGAGAAGAGUUGUUGAAAAUCAACAAAAGUUUUUGCUUUUGAGUGACCAGACUUGGCCUUGAAGAUGUUACUGACUCGGGGUGUCCUGUUUACUCUGUUUACUUUUUGUUCUAAGGGCACUGAUUCUGUAAAUGUACCUCUUUUCUUAACAGGGAAAGAAAUGAAUUGAUUCGAUAUGCUUAAAAAUAAUAUAAAGAUAACUCAAAAUAUACAGAAUAAUUACUGUGAAAUCAGUUUUUAAAAUACUUGCUUUCUCUGUGUCCUGGGAUUUUUGUUUUUGUUCAAAAGGCAAAAUUCCAGCCUACCAUGGAAAAACUCUAUUGCAUACCGCGGCCCUCAGCUCUUUUAAAAUUUUGUUUGUGUGAAACAUACAAGAAUAAUAUUACUUAACACCUCCAAUUUUGUAACAUACUGUGAAUUAGGAUCUGGAUUUAUGAAUAAUGCGUAGUAUAAUAUUAUGUAUUUCCCUUCAUGUCUCUGUUUUAGUUCUAUCAUUUUUUUUUUAAACAUACUCCUAAAAGAUGUAUCCUAUUCCCAGAGCAAGUGAGCCCACAGAAAUGCUUGUUCUGUGUUAGGGAAGGAGUUCCUCUGACUUCAUGUAGAAUCCAUGCUGUUGUUUGAAGUGAGUGAAUCUCUGCUGUGCAACUCUCAUACCUUCUGAUGCAUUUUCAUGGUGUAGUAGCCACAUUUACCCCCCUUUUUUAGUAGAAGAAAUGUUUUUUAUCUAUUUAUUAAUUCAAAAAUAUUUAUUGAAUGCCUUCUCUGAAUUGACACUGUGCUUGAUCUUACAGAUUUAGCUGUGAUCAAGAUAAACACAGUCUAGCCUUUAUGGAACUAAUAUUCCAGUGGAAGGAACAAACAAGAAAUAAAUACCAGAAUUUCUAGUUAUCUUGCAGAGAUGCUAUGAUAGAAACAAACAAAAAAACAAACAAAACAAAACAAACCUGGUGAUAUGAAAGAGUAAUUGGCUGGAGCUGAUUAGGUGUGAGGAUCCUCAUUUAGAUAAGGGCUUUUGAAGUGAGCUGGGAAGAGCGAGAAUGAGCAGCCAUUCUAAGGGCAGAGCCCUCCCUAGCAGGUGCAAAACAGUGUGACAUGGUCAGAGAAGGCCGUGGCCCACAUGGCUGGAAUCUAGUAAACAGAGGAAUUUGGGGGGGUGGGUAGGAACCAGCUUUUGAAUGGAGGAUGCUGGAAUUAAAUUCAUAUUUCAGGAUGGCCAUUGUGUUUGCAUAUCCAAGAUGAGUGGGGAUGCAAAUUACCAGGGGUGGAGGGAAAUCUUUGGAAGCUUUGAGAGAGACAUUAAUGGUUUGGAUCAGGAAGGUGGUGCUGAAGUAGAGAAAAGGAUAUGUUUGGAAGUGGAACCAACAGGCUUGCUGAUAUGGAGGGAGAAGGAGAGAGAAAUUCAGGACGACUCCUAAGACUGGGCGUGAAGGCAUGAGUGGUCAGCGGUGCUUCUUAGUGAAAUGGGAGAGAAUGGGAGCAAAACAGACUUGGAAGAGGCAAAUUAAACCAUGCUCUUUCACACCACGAGAAGAAAAAAAAUUUAAAGGAUCACAGUACCCAGGUUGGAGAAGAUGGACAGCAACUGGACCUACGGACUGUUUCGGAAGACUGUUUGGUAUUAAUUCCCAAAACUGAAUAUUCACAGAUACCAUGAGCUCUUCAUUCUCCUCCUCCCACAAGGCCCUUUGCUCUGAGAACUCCAGAGGGUGGUCCAGUGCGUGUCAAGCACAAGUGGCCUGUCACCCCUCCCCCGCUUGCCGGAGCGGCACCGGGACGAGUGUGACUCCGGCCUACUGAAGUGGGGAAAGGGCCAGGCCUCGAUCGCCCUGAUUAAAUCGUCCUGGCCCGUCUCCAGUGCUUUUCUUCCCUGCGCGCAUGCUGCAGGCGAUGGCAGGGCCGCCUGUCUGCGCCCAGCGGCCGAGGAUGCUGAUGAAUGCCUGUAGUUCCCACUUGUACCACGUGGGGCCGCUAUUAAAGCACCGCAGGGAUCCAGCAGCUCCAAACGGGCCGUAGCACCCGGGCUCGCGCCGCCCCCACCCGGCAUCCUUGCGUCACUUAGGACAGUCAGCCUAUUGCCGUUACCAGCGUUGUUGACUACUGAGAGAGUAGUUCAAGGUCAACGCAAGGAUUCCAGACUUUCUGGAGAGAGAACUGUUUGUUCCCACUCCCAACACUCCAGUCAAUAUCUAUUGUGGAUACCAGUGUAUUUAAAGCCACUUUGUACAAAAACAACGUUGCCCCUUCCUCGUUUUAUGAUUUUAAAGUAUUAAAAUAAAUGACCAAAAAAGUUCAGAAUAUGAGAAAUAAUAGCAGAACUUUGAACAAUGAGACCAAAAGGUAGGUCAAAACUAUCAAAGGAAAUCUGUGUUUGUGUUUAUAUUUAUAUAUAUUUAUAUUCUUCUAAAUGUAACAAAGGUGCCCAGCUUAAAAGAACUUUUUUAAAAAAUGAGACUGAAUGUAGAAUAUAAUAAUAAGUAUCUUUUAUGUUAAGAUCACAUUGCAACCUAUACAUUUAUGACAUACAGACUAAUCCAAAGGAAAAAUAAAAAGGACAAAUUAAAAAAAAUCACAAAUCAUUUUUUUAACUAAACUUUUAAAAAAUUUUUGAGAUAAUUGUUGAUUCACAUGCAGUUGUAAGAAAUAAUACCCAGAGAUCUUUACCCAGGUUCCCCCAAUGGUAACAUCUUGCUACACUUACAGUGCAAUAUUUUAACCAGGAUAUAUUGGUAGAGUCAAGAUAAAGAAAGAUUCCCAGUCUCCACGUUGCCCAUGUUGACACUUUUUUCUCAACCUCACUCCCUCCUUGAUCUCUGGCAAUCACUAAUCUCUUCUCCAUUUCUGUAUUUUUUUUUUUUUUUUUUUGGGCACACGGGCUUAGUUGCUCCGAGGCAUGUGGGAUCUUCCUGGAGCUGGGAUUGAACCCGUGACCUCUGCAUUGGCAGGUGGAUUCUUAACCACUGCGCCACCUAGGAAGCCCCCAGAGAUUGCCUUUUUCAUUCAGUGUAAUGCUCUCAAAAUCCAUCCACAUUGUUGCAUGUGCCCAUAGUUCGUCCUUUACUGAGUAGUACUCCAUGUAUGGACAUACAGCUUAUUCAUCCAUUGAAGGACUUCUGUAUUGUUU